AUUUUUAUUUCAUCAUUAGCAUCUGGCGCCAGACGGACGCGGUGAGCAUCAUUUUCACCAAGGAACUCUCGAAAGAUGAUCAGCAAGAUUAAUAUUGUUUAUCUCGCUCCGCAUUGUUGUCUUUCGUUUUAACGUCAGUGCCGACCGUAAACAACCGCGUUUAAGUUCCCACUACUGGAAGAGUUUACCAAGGACCUUCAAAUUGUUAACAUAUUUUUUUAAGCCUUUUUCAGAAAAUAAUAUAACCCCGAAUUUCAAGCCAACAUGCCCGAAACAACCCAGGAUACAUGUGCUUCGGUGAAAGACUCUCCAUUCUUCAUUAAAAAUCUUCUAAAUUCUGACAAUAAGCCGCCAAAGCCUAAGCCUAUUUUGGCAUCAACUAAAGCAGGACUUGAUGGCAGCUUCUCGCUCUCUCAGUUUGGGGAAUUAAACUUUCCUCGCUUUGAGUUGCCGACCCAGCGCUUUGCGUUACCGGCUUAUCUUGAGCGUGCCUCGGCGUGGUGGUACCCGUACACACUCAGUGCAUCUGCGCAUCUUCACAGAACAGAAGCAGCACAAAAAGCGAGAGACUCCUCACCGAUCACAGGCACUGACCGAGAUUCACCUGAGCUCGUGCUCAAAUCAGACCCGGAUGCCAAAGACGAUGAAGACGACAACAAAAGUGGUGACGAGAUUGUCCUCGAGGAGAGUGACACUGAAGAGGGUAAAAAAGAAGGCGGCGUGGACGACUGGAAGAAGGGUGACGACGGCGCGGACAAGAAACCUUGCCGGAAAAAGAAAACUCGCACGGUGUUCUCGCGGAGUCAGGUGUUCCAGCUGGAGUCCACAUUCGACAUGAAACGCUACCUCAGCAGCUCAGAGCGCGCGGGCCUUGCUGCCUCGCUUCACCUCACAGAGACCCAAGUCAAAAUCUGGUUUCAAAACCGCAGAAACAAAUGGAAACGUCAGCUGGCCGCAGAGCUAGAGGCCGCCAACUUAAGCCACGCAGCAGCGCAAAGGAUUGUGAGAGUACCCAUCCUGUAUCACGAGAACUCGUCUUCUGAGAGCUCCAACACAGCGGGAAACGUGCCCGUAAGCCAGCCGCUGCUGACUUUCCCUCAUCCGGUUUACUACUCGCAUCCCAUCGUCACCUCCGUACCCCUCCUCAGACCGGUUUGAGAGGACUAGAGAUGACUUUUUCUAUGUAACUAUGUAACUAAAACGAUUUUACAAAGACUCGAGAAGAGGGAAAGAGAACAGGGGGAAAUGAAACGAAGAGACGAAUUAUUUUUGUUUAAAAAAUAAUUAAAAAAGAAAGAAAAGAAAAGAAAAGAAAAAUUGUACAAAGACGCACUAUCAUGCAUUUGAGCCCUACAUUUUUUUUUAUAACUCAUAAAAACUACCCAUAAAACUACACACGAAUAAGGCGAAUGUUUAGAGGCCUACAUUUCUAAUGUUGAUGUUGGUUGGUGGUGAAUUACAAUGACUUCGUUAAUUUACUUUCAUUAUUAUUAUUAUUAUUAUUAUU